AUGCGUCCGCUGCUGCAGGAGGCGCAGUUCGCGUGCUUCGAGGACGACGAGGGGGUGACGAGCUCGGAUGUGACGUCCCUGCCGAGCUUCGUGGUGUCUAGCCCGGCGGUUCGCUCUCAGCCGCCCAAGAGUUUCGCGCGAGUGCGCGCGUUGGAGUGCAGCGGGUCUGGCAGCUUCUACUUCCAGAACGAGAGUUUACGUGAUCGCUUCGUGUGCUGGCGCGUGCUCAAGAACGUGGUGGUGUUGCGCGAGUGGAGUUUAAACACUACGUUGCGGCAAAACGGCGUGCGGUUAGAGUUCCCCGCCCCCGUGGUUAACACUGGCGUGUUCGCCGUGGAGAGCUGGGAGGAUGACGCCGUCACUAUCAACGUGGUGACUCACGCGGGCACCAUCCACCGCUUCACUUACGCCGUCCCCAGUGACAACAACCUCAGUAUCUUCUCCCAGGCUGAUGCAAAAGCUUUCCCCGAGCCGAAACCGGCAACUCGCACGCGUUGCGACGUGUUGCAAGUGUUAAACAGCGACGAGAUUUUAAGUGUUGCGCUGUGGGUGAACGAGUACAACCUCGUGUUAGGUACGGACUCGGGCCGGGUGCUUGGUGUGAACUUCGGACUGCCCAGUGACGCCAAGAAGAUGCAGGAGUUUGUGUUUAGCGACGAGUCGGUCGUGAGCUGGCUGUGGAACGGACUGAUUAAAACCACGGCGGCAAAGUUUAAGGGUGUUGCCGAGGACGGCGAGAGGAGGGACGUGGGGGCGGCAAUUGUUGCCAUAACGUGUUUCCAAAUUGACGCGGAGGACGAAAACGAAGAGAGUGGAAAUGGCGAGAAGGAUGUUUGCGUCAUCACGGUCUCCGCCGACUGCGUGUUGCGCGCCUGGAGCUUCGGCUCGCAGUCGUGUCUGGGACGGCAACAGUUGCGGUCUCUGGUUACGCCACAGCUUAAAGACGAGGAGGACAGUGACGAGGCUAGGUGGGAAAACGAGGACUUGGACGGAGACGAUGGUGUUAAUACCUUGGGAGUGUACGCCACCCACGCCAAGGUUGUUGCAUUAUCGCCUACGGAAUCGGAUAAUUGCCGGCUACUGGUGCAUUUUGACACAACGGCGGCCCACUCCACGGAGAUUUUCCUGCUUAGAGGAGACGUGCACCCUGUUGCGGCUUCGAGUGCCGGAGCGGGAGGCGAGGAACUUGCGCUGGAUACGGCCAGGGUGUUCACCGUGCAGUCCGUCGAGCAAAAAUCCAAGAGGGGAUUGAAGAUGGUGGAUUUUGCCGUGGAUAAAAACUUCCUCUUCUCGUCGUGGCGGUCGCUGGACGGAGACGAAGUGUACAUCCACCCGAACCCGAUGGCUCUCACCGGUCCCAAGCGGAUCCAGGGCCAGCCGGUGAGCAGUCUGGACGUGCAGAUGCAAAAGUACGAGGAGGAAGACAGCGAGUGGCUCUUCGACCUGAAGGAGGAGGGCGUGAUGACCUUGAUCGACGACUUUUUCGCCGAGCGGAUCUUGUUGCCGGGUAGAUUUUCGCGGCAGAAUCUGUCCAAUGCUAUCGAGGAAGCGCAGAACGGAGCGCUGGGCGGAUUUUCCUCGCAGUCUCCGUUCGCGCACCGGUUGCCCAAGUACAAGGACGUCCUGGUGCGUCUCGUGUCCAGUCGGUGCGUGGAUGCUGCUGGAGCUGCUGCAGUCCGCAAUGGCACCGCCCCCAGUGUGUUGCGGAUCCGCAUCUGGAAGGAGCUCAUCGCUCUGUGCACCAAGCACUGGCGGUGCGAGAAUGUGCCGAUUGGUUUCGCUACUACAACGAACGCGCUGCUGCCUGGCGCGCCUGUGAUGCUGCGUCGUAACCGCGUGUCGUUGCUGUUCCCCUCGGCUCCGUCGAUUACUGCGGCCUUCGUGCCCCAAGCGGAGCAGGGCUCCAGCACUGCCGAGUGCGUGGCGGACCUGGUGUCGGAGGUCCUCCCGGUGUUCGACGCGUUCCCAAGCCAGAGUUUUCAGUCGUUCAUCCACCGCGAGGUAGCGGACGUGGUCUCGGACUGGAAGGUCGAGUCCUUUGUGGCGUUGGCCCGUCACUGCGUUCGUCUUGGCCUGAACCCGGACUUCGUCGCUAGUGCUCCAGUCACUGGCCAAACGAUCAGCGCUGAGCUGAUGCUCGCGCGCUCCAUCCUCCGCCUCAGUAAACUGCUGGGCGGCGACGCUGGCUUCCAGGACCAAGUGUUCCACGACCUGGUGGAGCUCCUGUUCCCGUUUGAGCUGUCACGUGGUUCGGGCGCGUACAAGUCCUCGUCCCCCUCCAGCGAUGACGACGAGGAGAUGACCAACGCCUCGGAGGAUUUCACGAUGGCGGACGCCACGGCCCCUGCCGACUACUACUCGACCACUCGUCGUGCCUUCUUCGCUGGCCACGAAAUGUGCUUCGCGCUCGACCAGGUGGCCUCGCGUACGAUCGAUGAAAUGUGCAACCAGUCGCUGCGCGUGGUGCUCUUCCUCGCGUAUCUGGUGGACACGCGCCCUGCGUUCCUGAGCUCGGCCACGCUGAGCAAAAUCGUGCAAGUGUACUUGCCCAGGUCUAUCACUGUGUACCAGCGUUGGCGGCUCAGCCGAUGGGUUGCCAGCCAAGGCAUCACGCAGCCCCUCGCAGACGCAGACCCGGCCAUUACGUCGUCGGCCACGUUGAUGCCGCCGCUGCUGCAGAUGUUCCUCCUGGACGUCAACAGGAAGCUGAACCGUUCGGGAAGUUUCAAGCGUGCGCUGUCGGUGCUGCAGCUCGCAAGCGCCAGCAACAACGUCCGCAGUGAGGAAGCGCACGGCGUGCUGGCCACGUUCACGCGCGAGAUCUUGCAGUUCGUCUCCCAGCCCAACGACUCGCUCGUGCGAUUCCUGCACAAGCGCCAGCAGUUCCGACUCCUGCGCGCCAUGUUCUGCUGCAACCUCAGUGACGUCAGUCUGCACGGCUCCAGGAAGGGCGAGGCCGCGAGCUCGCAGCACAGCGAGCAGGUUCAUCAGUACGUGCGCUCCAUUGGCGAGUGUCUGGCUUGCGAGGGUCAGGAGGCUGCUGCGCGUGCUCACAAUGAGGAGGACGCCCGCGAUCACGCGCGCUGGUGCUUCCAACAGGCCAUCCGCUGCUUCAGCAUCUGCCUGUCGAACUUCUUCGCUGAACGGAAGCCGCGCUCCUCGCGGUCGGAGAAGGCCCUUGAGCAGUUCAUCUACGACGUUGUGGGCUUGUUGAAGGAGACGGUGCCUCGAGGAUUCUACGACCAACUGCUGAGCUUCCUGUGGACAGUGGUCACGCAGGCGCUGAGCCACUUGGCCCACCACGAUGGCGGCGAGCGGAGCUUUGCACUGCAGUCGUUUAUUUGGGUGAAUGUGUUCAAGUAUUCCGUCGAGGAGCGACUCUUCCGCGACGCGCAUCUCGCGCUCAUGCACACGGCGGAGUUGUCGGCAGCUCUGGGUGGGUCGGAGUCUGCCUCGGACGCUGAAGGAACGGCGAGCGAGUGCGUCAACUACCUGGUGAAGGAGCUGUACCGUUACGGCCACCUCGACCUCAUCUGCGAGCUGCAGUGGGGGUCUCUCGAGUCUCACGUGGAGAAGUACAUCCUCUGGCAGGCGGCCAAUGCCACCGUCGUCCACGGUGACGGUCUCGAUGCGGGCGCGAUCCGCUACUACAACUUGCUGUUCACCUUCUACAUGCGCAAGCAGCAGCCGGCCAACGCUGCGUCUUCGCUCUACGCGCUUGCACUGCGGCUGCACCUGGCGGUGUCGACGUCCACGGCGGCUCUGGAGGCUCAGCGCAACGCUCUGAACGCGGCUUGUAACGCGCUGCGAGCUCUCCCAGUCGAGAACCGCUGGGUUGUACGCAAGCUGCACACGGAGGAGCUCAAGCGGCCGGCUCUGGAUGCAUCUGAAGGCAGCAAGUCGGCGCCUUCUCUGAGUGUGGUGACGCUGGAGGAUAUGCGUCGUGAGUUGUCGGUGCUGGACGGCAAGCUUCGGCUGCUGGCGCUUGGCCACUCGGAGAGCGUGCUACUGAGCACGAUGGACAGCGACGAGGUGAUCGCGCUGCUGGUGGACGCCGUGAACAGCAGCUGCAACAACACUGGGAACACGACGCUGGCCGAGCGACGGAGAGCGGGGCUGCUUUCCAUCGAAAUCGCUGCUGACAUUGCCGGCAGAAGCUCUGGCGCAAGUUUGACGAACCUGACGAAGUCUCUCGCGCGCUACUGCGUGGCCAGCGAGCACCCGGCCGUGUCGUCCUCCAUCUCGCGCUCUGACAGCGACCUGUUGUGGGACCUGCUCGAGAACUUGCUGGAGAACGCGACCAAGCUCGAGCAGUACGAGGUGGCGGCCGAGACCGUGUUGGACUUCUGGCAGCAGCAGGGCCACAAGCUCACACUGCCCGAGUGGCUGUACAAGCGGCUGGCAAGCCCCACGUCGGGAAGCCCGGCCAAGCUCCUGACUCUGUACUUGAAGCACGGACUGCUGCUCGAGGCGCUGCAGCUGGUGGAGGGUCUUCUACCGGACGCUACCGCUAUGCUCGGGGGAAACGCCAAGUCCGCCUUCAGCUUCCAGUCUCAGAAGGAGCCGAGAGUUGGUCCGCCCGAGCUCCCGUGGAUCCCUUACAACCUCAUCGACGCACUGCUGGACUCGACCUCGGCCGUGCUGAACCAGGGGACGGCUGGUGACGUCUCCACUGCUGCGAUCACUCGGCUGCGCACUCAGGACCACAGUCUCCGCGAGCAGUUGACGCGCUACUUCCGCUCGGCGAACGCAUUGCAGCAAGCGCAAGAAGCGGCGCAUCUCGCACGAAGCAGCAUCGAUCUAGACUUGUAGACGAGGUCAACUGCAGCGUAGUAGGUUAAUGGUUCAAUUCAUCAAGUGACACGGU